AUGUCUACUUUUCUAAAGAAGAAGCUUCACCUCUGCUUCUCAACCUCCGGUGUUCUCUCACCGUCGAUUCCUUCUUCUCCGGUUGUUAUAUCGAGUCACAACCCCAAUCACCAUCACACUCCCUCAAUCUUCAUCAACAACUUCAACUCUCUCUACGAUCAUCUCUCUGUUUCCUCUCCUCUCUACCGCGGCAACCGUCCCGGUAACUUAUCCGCCGACGCUGCAUUCACCAAACCAAAAUCUCGUGAAACUGAAUCCGAUGACCCGACCAGACCAUUCGGCGGCGGAUUGCAUCCUUCUCCGCGUAGAGCGAACGAUGACGAAGGCGAAGAAGAAGAAGAAGAAGAAGAAGAAGACAAUUCAUCCGUCGUGUCGAAGCUUUUAAGCGGCGGAAUGGCGUUUACGAAGCACAUUGAGUCACCGGAUCCGUACAGAGAUUUCGGGCGGUCGAUGAGAGAGAUGGUGGAAGCUAGGGAUCUGACGAGAGACGUCGCCGCCGAUAGAGAAUACUUGCAGGAGUUACUCUUCUGCUACCUCUCAUUGAAUCCAGAACAUACUCACAAAUUCAUCGUCUCUGCUUUCGCCGAUACACUCCUCUGGUUACUUUUCCCGUCGUCGGCGCCUUCGCCGGAUAAUUUUCGAUCCCAAUCGAUUUAG